UGCUUUGUCCAUUAAUGUCCAAUUAUGUCCAAUUUUAAAUUACUUUGUUCCAAUUAUGUCCACCAUUCCCUAAUUCAUUAUUUUUGGAAUUAGGCCAUGAAUUGAUAAUUUUUUUUUUCUUUUCUUUUUGUGUGGUAUGAACAAUUGUGAUUUAGAUGGAAUAUCAAGGAAAUGCGUAUUUUAGCAACCUAAUGAACGAGUUUGACGUUGACCAUGAUUUUACCACUGAAUCUCCUCAACAAGAGAGUCAAUCUUUAUCAUUCUCUCCUGAAAGUAUUACUCAAACUACAAAGAUAUCACAACGCAAAGGGAAUUUCACCGAAGAGGAAGACAUGAUGCUCAUUUCUUCAUGGCUUAAUAUUAGCUUAGAUCCAAUUAGAGGAAAUGAGCAAAAGUCAAAGGCAUAUUGGCUAAGAGUGUGGGAGAACUACAACAAGUACAAAACCUUCGAUUCUGAAAGAACUCAAACUUCUCUAAUGAAUCGGUGGUCGACGAUUCAACUUGCCACAAAUAAAUUUUGUGGAUGUUUUGCUCAAGUUGAACGGUUAAAUCGAAGUGGUUCGACUGAAAAAGACAAGAUUCAGGAUGCGAAAAAAUUGUACAAAGACUUGUAUCACUCGAACUUUCCCUUUGAGCAUUGUUGGAAUGAAUUGAGAUCCCAACCAAAGUGGAUGGAAGAUACAACAACAAAGAAGCAAAAAAGCACAAAAAAUGCAUCUCCGGCAACGUCAACCCCUUGUACACCAGAUUCAGUAAACUUAGAGAACAAUGAUAACUAUGAUGUUGUGGAAAGACCAAUAGGAAGGAAGGCCGCAAAGAAAAACAAAGCUAAAGAUCUUGGAAAUAAUGUUACAGAGUCGCCUUUUGUGAAGCUCUUAGAAGAGAUAAAGGUAAAGAAUGACAUAACAAAUGAGAAGAAAAUAGAGAUAUUUGAGAAAUCUUAUCUUCAAGAGGAACGGAGGAUUGAAAAUGAGGAAAAGAGAGAGGAACGAAGGCUUGCAUUGGAGGAAAGGAGAGAGGAAGAGAGAAUCAUGUCAAUGGAUACGAGCAUUAUGCCUCCAUUGCAAGCACAAUAUAUUCGCCAACGCCAGAUGCAAAUCCUUGAAAAAGGGAAUUAAUUAUUUUUAUUUAGCUUUGAAGCUAUGUUUUUAUUUAAUUUAAGUUUGACUGGAUUUUAUUUUUGGGUUUGCCGGCA